AUGGCCUCACUACGAUAUUCUCUUUCUCUGAUUGCAAUCUUUGCUUUUACCUUGCAAGCGAAUGCGCAGGAUUACAACUCCCAACCUUUAUCAAGCUAUCUUCCUAGCAAUACUCAAAGUGUUUUGAACACCGUAGACUCAUGCUGGCGUACCGAGUCCAAUUGGGCAAGCAAUCGCCAAGCCUUGGCUGACUGCGCAGUGGGUUUUGGCCAAGCAGCAUUGGGUGGGAAAUAUGGGGAUAUCUACUUAGUUACCACCCCGGAGGAUGAUCCCAUAAAUCCUGAACCAGGCACACUCCGAUAUGGAGUAAUACAAACCGAACCUCUUUGGAUAAUCUUUGACAAGGAUAUGGUUAUUACACUAAAAAACGAGCUUAUAAUGAAUAAUUUCAAGACAAUAGACGGGAGAGGGGCUAAAGUGGAGAUUGCCAAUGGACCAUGCUUAACCAUUGAAGGUGUUAGCCAUGUUAUUGUCCAUGGGAUUAGCAUCCAUGACUGUAAGCCAGGAAAGCCAGGCCUUGUUAGGAGUACUCCAACGCAUGUUGGUAAACGUCAAGGCUCUGAUGGAGAUGCCAUAGCUGUUUUUGCAUCUUCUAAUAUAUGGAUAGAUCACUGCUAUCUUGCUAGCUGCACCGAUGGUCUAAUUGAUGUCAUUCAUGCUUCAACUGCCGUCACCAUCUCUAACAACUAUUUCUCUCAGCAUGAUAAGGUGAUGCUGCUGGGACACAAUGAUGAAUAUACAGCCGACAAAGUUAUGAAAGUCACGGUUGUCUUCAACCAUUUUGGCACUGGACUCGUCCAAAGAUUGCCAAGAGUAAGGUUUGGCUAUGCACAUGUUGCCAACAAUAGGUAUGACCAAUGGGAAAUGUAUGCAAUCGGAGGCAGUGUUGAUCCUACCAUUUUCAGCGAAGGCAAUUACUUCAUAGCUCCUGAUGAUGCCUAUGCCAAAGAGGUUACCAAGAGAGAGGCAAACGGAGGUUGGAAGAAUUGGAAAUGGAGGUCUUCCAGGGAUGUAUUUAUGAAUGGUGCCUAUUUUGUUCAAUCUGGAUAUGGAAGUUGUUUACCACCUUAUUCUGGAGAUCAAUCAUUUACGGCUUCCCCAGGAUCUUUGGUUCCUGCCUUAACAUCUGAUGCAGGUCCUCUAAGCUGCAUUACUGGAAAAGUCUGCUGAUAAGAUCAAACCCGUGAUGACGACGAAGUGGCGAGUACUAUUAAGAUUACAGCAUUAAGAAGCCCCCAACUAUGGUCUUGUCUUGAUGGAUUCAGAGAAUAUAAAUC